GAUGGCUUAACGGGUGGCGCACAAUUCGAGAAGCUUCGACGUGGACGGUGUGCGGGGGCCUUGAAAGAAGAAAUUUAAAAGGGAAGGGAGGCCGGCGGGAGGUUAACGUGAGCCCGGGCGGUCGGUCGGUCCGAGUGAUAAGGUGAGGUGCGGGACAUGUUCCGCCCCAUGAGGCAGGGCUUCCGGAGCCCGCCGCCCGUAGGCCCGAGUCCGGGCCCGUUCCCCGGCGUGGGACAGGCCGGAGGGGGCGGCACCUUCCCCUGGGGGCUCCCAGGCAACGCUGGCACCCCUCCUUACGGGGUGCGGCACCGGGCCUUCACCAAAUCCCCUCAGCAGCAGCAGCAGCAGCAACAGCAGCCGGGCCCGGGCCUGGCGCCCUUUCACCAGCAGCAGCACCGAUACAAGAGCCCGUCCCCCGGCCACCACCACCACCAGCAGCAGCAGAGCUUCACGCCUCGCCACAGUCCCCGGCACCGCGGCCGCUACUCCUCGCCGCCUUAUCACCCUCUCUCACCCGGUCAGGCCGCGUCUCAACAACCUUCGCCCGGCUCGGGGCACCGCCGUUACCCGGGCUCGCCCAGGACAUCCACGCCCUUCGGAGGAGGCGGAGGAGGAGGCUGCCUUCUGGAGAGGAAGUCGCCGGCGCCCGUGGAGCUGUAUUACAAACCGUCCAUGCUGCAGGACCCGUGGGCUGACCUGGAACCGGUCUCCGCCUCCGACAUCAGCCGGCAGUACAGCAACCCGCAGGCCGCCAGCUCCACGAAAAGAGGCAGGUACUUCAGCUAGCAGCUUCUCCAAGCAACAGCAGAGCCGGGCAGAGAGCAGACUGGAUCCUUUCCUCCCACCUGCACUCCGGGUAAGGUAGCAAAACUGACCUCCGCAGUGCUGUCUCACACCCGGUGAACACUUGUCAAGAACUUAUCGUGGUUCCCACUGUCGCUGCUUUCCAGAGACACAGCCUUUUAUAUAAAAAAAAUAGUUACUUUUUUUUUGCAGAUUGACUUUUUUAAUGAGACCUAUUUUUUUAAACCACACCGAGUUUUUUUUUUCUUUGCAACACAUGGGAGCUCUUUGGAUGUUAUCUGGGAGAGUGCAACCGCUGCAGAAUAGGAAAGUGCCUGCUCCAAGUAACUAUUUAAACCGUUCUUUAAAAUCACCAGCCAGUGGACAGUGACUAAUUGUUUUGCAGGUUUCCUCCACUUCUAUGCAUUAAUGAGCAGGUUAGAAAGUGUGUCAUCUAAUUUUUUACUGUAAACCACUGAAAUGGUCAUUUUUAAAACUUUUGUCAACUUUUUUAAAUUCAAGGUAAAAGCUUCAAUGUUUAAUUUUUGUAAAUCCAUAUUUCUAAUUGUGUGUAUGUAAAACCGAAGAGAAAGAAAUGAUUUGUGUAUGAUUUCAGUGAGAUGAUGUAUCUGGGGCAUGUGUGCAGUAAAGGUGUGGUGUGUUGGUGUACAUCUUGUUUCAGGAUUUUUUUUUGUGUUUUUAGUUUUUUCCAGAAAUUGUAGAUAAGAAAUUGAGCAAAUUUUCAUUUUGAAAACGACUUCACCUCGAUGUAAAAUAAUUUGUCCUGGCUUGCAUUUAUAACACAGUGAAGAUGGGGAAGAAUUUUAUUACAGUGUCAGGAGAGAGAUUUCUUUUGGUGACCAAGCUCUAAUUGUGGCUUGUUAUUUAUCAUAAAUAAAGUUUGCCUGAUUCUUUUUUUAAAGCUUGGAGCAUGUAGAAAUAAUGCUCUUUCAUACUUUGAUUAUGGACAGAUGAGCACGUUCUUUAAUUCUGUUUGCAAGCAGUUGAUGGCCAGGAAGAAAAAGGUGUUAUCUUUUCUCUUGAUGUACUACCCUUACUGGAAGCCUAGUAAAACCCAGAUAUCCUUACACGUAUAGAUCCUGAGGUUUGCUGAAUAUUUGGCAAGGCCAUCAUGGUGAACAACAAUGAUGUGUACAUCUGGCAGGUACUAAAGCACUUCUUGAUGGAAGUCUUUGAAUGGUGACAGUGACUUAUCCUUUUCUCCUCUUUCCCCAUACCAACUAUUGCCCUAGCUUCCAGCUGGGUUUGAUUUGCACAUAGGGCAACAGUUGAAACUAGGGAACUUGUACUGCUCUAAGCAAACUCCUAUUUAACUUUGAAAAUAAUAGGCUGUUGCACAUCCAUUAGAGGCUUUAUUAGGUUUGGAAAACAAUAUUAUGGUGAAAUGUUGUUUGAUAGGAGGAAAUGUAUUCAAUAUAUUUUGUUUCUAAACAUUGAAAUAAUUGACUUUUUUGCCUUAUCAUACUUUGGCUAAUAGAUACAGUUAUGUUUUGGAAGGGGGGAUAAAGUAGAAAGAAAUGUAUACUUGCUUUAAAUACAUGCAAAACUUGUCAGGGCCAUAACAUAUGUUGUCUUUUAAUUGACAGGUACAUCAAAUGCGUUUCUUAAUAUUGUUUAGAUUUUAGCUUUGCAAGAACAAAAUACUGUACAUUUGUGCUUUCUAAUAUGUUCUUAUCCUUGUCAAACAGCACAUCCUCUUGUUUAACUCCAGGAAUCCUUUAGUAAUAUUAAAAAAAACUAUGUCCA